AUGAGACUGGUUGGGUUUGAUGUGACCAGUGACGGUGUCAUAGUUGGAGAAUUCUGUAGAUGUAGGAAGCAGGCUGGAAAUGAUGAGUAUGAAUGCACAACGGUUUAUAGUAACGUCAUUAUUAGGAAACCUCAAGAUGUGAUAGCAUUUCCAGAGGAGCCCCUGACAUGGAGUUGUCAGGCGGACUUCAGGUUUGUGGAUACACCAGACCAUGGACCGUUUGAGAGAGCUAAUGCUUGGGGUCAGGUUCAUGAACUACCUCAAUUUGUAACUCAACUCGAGCCUACAAUAGCUUAUCAGGGAGGGGUCGCCAGGUUUCAAUGUGAUGUCUAUGGUGUCCCUAAAGUUAAUAUAACAUGGAAACAUAUCAAGAGCGGCAGCGACAGAACGAAUAUCGGAAAAGAUAGGAUCAGUGCAAGGCAUGUUGUCCUACCGAAUGGCAUUCUUCAAAUUCACAAUGUAACGCAGGAAGAUGAGGGCAGAUACAAGUGCAUUGCAUCCAACUCGUUACAGACAGUGCGAAACAACUCUGCAACGUUAUCAGUGCUACCUCAAGUUAUGUCUCAGAUCCCAGCAUCUGAGCCAUACCUCAUGCAAGGCCCUGUAUCUCAACGAUUGUUACCGGGGGAAGAUGCUCUUUUAGAAUGUCUGGUGGAAGGAUCGCCUCUGAUUGUCACCUGGAGUAGAAAAGACGGGCGUCCUAUCCGAAGGGAUGAUGUCGGCUAUCCCGGAGGAAGUAAUCUUUUGAUAAGAAAUGUUCGUUUCUCACUGGACAAUGCCACGUAUCGCUGCCAAGCUACAAACCCACAAACUGGCCAGUCUAUCGUAGCUGAAGCAAAGUUGGAUAUCAUGUCUCCACCAGUCAUUACCCAUGCACCUUCAGUCUACCACAAGCCCAUCGGUAGCAGGAUCCGAUUCUAUUGUGUGGCAACGGGAAUGCCGCAACCGCAGAUAAGAUGGCUUCAUGAUGGCAUACCAGCCACCAUUGAUGACUUCCAUAGUCAUAUGAUUGACAAUGACUAUGUGAUCUCACAACUAUGGUGGGAAGAUAAAGGCAUCUAUCAGUGUGAAGCCAAGAAUGAUGCAGGUAGUGCUGUAGUUACUGCAGCGGUCACCAUCAAUAAAUAUGAUGACAAGGAAUACCCCAGUCAUGUGACCAACCUGACCAUCAGUUCAAUCUCAAGUCGUAGGAUGAGAGUAACAUGGGAUCCUCCUGACUAUCUGCCUGGUCCAGUCAUCGCAUACCAUUUAUAUUGCAGGGCAAAGCAAGAGUAUUCAAGAGUAAUUGAAAAGGUGGUGUACACCCUGUCAUUUGAACUGACUGACUUGGAACCUUUCACUGAAUAUUGGAUCACCGUUCAGUGCUUCACGGAGAAGGCACCGUGUCCAAGGUUUACAAAAAAUGUGACGACAGCACAGGAUGUUCCAUCUGGUAGUCCAGAGUUUUCCUUGGCAAGUGAGAGCCCAACCACCAUUGCUGUUACUUGGGAUAGGCUUUUAAGGUAUCGUGCUAAUGGUAUCAUCAUCAGCUAUGGCAUCACUUACUGCCGUGUUGGUAGUGUGUAUUGCAACGUUACAAUGGUAGAGGGGAACCUUCAGGAGUACACCCUCCAUGGCCUGACACCAAAUUCUAACUACAGUGUGAGCAUGGCCGCAGCGACCGAGAUCGGGCAGGGGAGAUACUCAGGCAAUGGUACAGUGGCAACACCCAGGAACAUUAAUGAAACAACCCCCAAGCCGCCAUUACAUUUGCAAGUUGUCCCAGUGAAUCACACUACAUUGAGAGUAAGUUUCCAGCCAGCACCAACCCCACCAAUCAUAGAGGGCUACAAGCUAAUGGUAUCUUUAAAUUUGGCUAAUGAUUGGGCAACAUUCCUGUUACCUUUAGACACCAUGGAGUACUACGUCACAGGCCUUGGUAUGUCAUCUUGAUUUUAUAGUACUAAUGUUGACUAACCUCAUUAUUAUUGAAGGUGUUUGAGCAGUAUUGUAUUGAUCUGGAUCCUUAUUGUUGCCAAGUUUAUGCAUUUUUUAAAUUCAUAUUUUUUAUAAAGUUUGUGUUUUAGUUGUGGUCUUUUAUUCCACAUCUUCUUGACAAUCUGCCUCCUUCCAUGAUGGAGGUUGAAGAAAGGCAAUGUCAUAAAAUAAUCACUGUUUUUGUACAUUUGACCCCCUGUUAUUUCCUUUUUUAACAAUACUUCAUGAGCCACUAAAGACAUAUUUUAAGAGCUUUACAAGUCUUCAUAUGAACUAGAAAAUAUAGACAAAUAGUUUCCGCAAGGUCCUACAUGUAUGGAGCCACACCUACAUUCAUGUACUUUAUAGAACUGUCCAGGGCCCCAUAACACAAAAGUAAGUGAUUGAUCAUAUGCUUAAUUUUCAUGAUUGAUUGUACAUUGGGGUCGAUGCAAUCAAUCAUUAAAAAUGUUUUAUGAUUAUUGCUAAGCUUUGUGUUAUGAACCUCAGAUGUAGUAGGAUGUGUUUAGUAUCAUGUUGAUGUAUACAGGUGAAUAGUGCAAGUAAAAAAUGUAGCUGAAAUGUACUGCUUUCCUGUGUUCAGUUAGUUGGAACCUCUGCUGAUUGAGUUAAGACCAGGGUUAAGACAACCUGAAGGGGAAAACAUGUUGGUUUCAUUGAUAACUUUAGGGAAUAAAUGGCGUAAUGAUAGAUCCAUUUUUUAAAGAUAGGUUAUCACUGUGGUUAAUAAUGGUUUUGUUUCAAAGUUUAUUGAACUAAUAUGAUUUUCUUUCCUUCAGAGCUAGUCUUUUGAUAUAUGAUAUGAUGUACAUCAAACAUAUAUUCUGCAAUGAUUCUAAUUCUGCAAUGAUCUUAGGCAUCUUGUUAUCUGUGAGUGCCAAUUGUGAGUUUCCACAAGCUAUACCACCCUAAAUUAAAGGGAAAAACUACAAUUCAAUAGCAUUGACUGACUUAUUAUAGUCUUAACAUUAAAGAUAUUAAAAUUUAAGUUCCCAAGCAGUGAUAUUAAUCCUAUGAAGUUAAAAAAUUGAAAAAAUUAUGUUGAUAGCCAUGUGGAAACAACAUUCAAAAACCGAUUUUUAGAGCAACAAUGUGUGUUGGGUCCAUUCAGGCUAACUGGUCAAGUGACCUCAUUUUGUGGUUUAGCAGAAUCUCACUUUAAGGCAUGCUAUACUUAUUGAACGAAGGAUGGCAAUAUUCCAUUUUUUUUUAUUGUAAAAUUUGCAAUAAGAUUGACAAAAUAUAUAUAUAUAUCUGUAUCAAUUUGGAUAGGCAAAAGGAAAUAUGUAGUGAUAAAAGAAAAAUGGUAAUGUUGCCAAUUUGAAGAAAAAAAGGCUAAUCAAAUAAGGCUUCAAAUAAUUCCUGGUCCAAGUGAGUGACAAAGUUCCUAGUUAUUUACUGAGUCUGUCAAUUGCUCUUUCAUGAACUCAUUGUGAAUGCCCUUUGUUACUACAAUAUACUACGUGUCUGUCAUUUUAAUAUACAAGUAUCAGUACAAUUAUGCCCAAGUCCUGACUCUGAAUCAAGACCGACUGGAGUCCAUAUUUCCUGGACUCUGACUCUGAUUCGAGCUACAAGAACUUGUUUGCAGACUUGGACUUGGACUCCUGACUCAAAUGAAAUUGGAUCAAGACCGGUCCUUUUUUAUUCCCCCCACUUUUGAUAUAAAAUUAAUUUUUCUGUUCAUUUUGCCUGAUUAGUCUGUGAUAAUCUAAUUAAAAAAAUUGAUUAUCUCAUAUCCAAAUUCUAAUGCACUGAAUUCAGUAAUGUAGAUACAAGGAAACUGUGCCACCUGACCAAACUUGCUCUUGUUAUGCAUGCAGCAACAUGUCAUUGCAUCAUAUCACUUAUUUGUAUUAAUAAUUUUCAUUGAAUCGGGCAAUUGAGUUUAGAGAGUUCACAUGAAGCAAGACAUAAAUAUGAAUUUCAUUUGAAGGUGUUUUGAUUGGGAAUGGGGAAUUGGGAAUUGAAAAAUUAAUGUCAAAGGAUAAACUUUGUUUUGAUCUUAAGAUUUGUGACCAUUACAUGUUGAAAAUUACAUGACCCAGUCUUAGAGAUUCUUCUGUAAGGGAAUAGGAACAACAAGGGAAAACCCAAAAUAUGAAAUUAAAAUUUUAAAGACCUGUAAAAGACAGUAGUUGCAGCUAACAAUUAUUUUAUGAGAAAGUCUUUUAAAUCAAUUUUAAUUGUCAAAAUAUUAUCAUACAUCUAGAUCUGGUACAUUAAUGUAAACUUAUCUUUGUAAAAUCAUGAAAUUUUCGCUCAAUAUUGGUAAUUCUGAUCAUCACUAACACAGAAAAGCAUAUGUGGGAUAGUGUAUUAAUAUUGCUUAAAAAAAUACCCAACAUUUGAUGGAAUUUUGUGCUUAUUUUGCUCAUUCUCAGCAAUUAAGCAUUUUCUUCCAGAGCUAUUUGGCACAUAUUCAUUAUUCAUACAUACAAACACUAUGGUGGUAAUGUCAAUGGAUACUGUUCGAAGUAAUUUUGAGAUCGUUACCACAACUGGUAUUUAUCUUUAAAAUAUAAUCUCUUCAGAAAACCCAUUUUCAGAUUUAUAAUAUCAAGUAUGAUGAAUAUAGACAAACUUUAAUUAAUUGAACUACAGGAUUUUUUUCAUGGAAGAAUAUAAUUUGGAAAAUUGUACUUUGUAUUUUUACUGUUACAUGUAGAGUAUAUUAAUGCUAUUCUGCACAUAAUAUGACACUCGCUUAUAGUUAAAUCAUUUUGGGUAGGAUAAGAUACAAUUUGCCUUUUACUCAGAUAACAUUAGGAAUAAUAUUUUUGCUCUCUCCCUUUCUCACUUCUCUUCCUCUAUUUUACUCAAUUCCUCUCUCGCACUCUUUAUUUUUUGGUUGAAUUGACCAGCUUCCAUUCCUCAAUAUAAUAAUUAUAAAUUUAUUAUUUCUGACGGUAAGACGUUAUAGG